ACAAGCAACAGAAAGGCAGCUCUGCACUCCGCAGCCAGUGGGACCGUUUUAUUCCAUUUUAACCAUGUGAGGGACUGAAAAAACAUUUGUUAUCGCCAUGAACUUGGAUUUUUUGUGGAGAUUGUUGAUACCGAGGCGCCUUGACAGCUGCUACCGAGGAAUAAUGCCCAGAGGAGGUCAUUUUCUCGGACUGGUGUAGCGGUGGGAGGCAACGGCCCCCGAAGAUACAAGAGCAGUCACUUAGCUAGCAGAGCGGCUGCACUUCCGGAGGAAACUUCCAAAAUAAAAACCUGAAAUAAAGUUUUAAAGAAGGUAUUCAAACUAGUGAAGUCAAAACUACUUCAAUGCUUUAAUUUAACGAUACACGUUUUAAGCUGCAAUGAUUCGUUGCAGUUUGUUUUUCAUAAACGCAAGAUUGGCAAAUGUGUUGCUUUUAUUUUGAAGUGUAACGUGUGUGUAUCCGGGACUCAUUUAACUUGACCAUCACAAGAAGGGGUGAAGUUACAAAGCCUUGAUCCAAAACAAGACUUCACAGCCUGUGGUGGACAACGAAGCCUUGUUAUGAAUGGGACCUACCUCGUCUCACUGUGUGUUUCACGAGUCCUAUGCCUUCUAAACCGGACGGCCCGUCGUUAUUCUGAAGUCGGAGCCCCGGUGGAUAAUACGGUUUGCCCUUAAAAAUCAACAUGUACUGUUCAGCAUUGUCGAACAAGGAAACACUCUCGUAGCUGGAGGAGGAUUGUAUCCCCCUAAAUUUUCCUCCUCCUCGUGGCCUUCCUGGGAUCAAUGACUGGCCCUAACUCCCCAAGCCGGACUGGCACCUCCCCGGCCAAGCUGAGCAGGCACGGCCGGUCCAAAAGCACCAGCUCACAUUGCCUCCUCCGCUGUAGCACCCAAGAGGAGUCAUCGGCUUCUCCUGCUAACAACAGCUCCAGGUCCCCAGGGGAGGAAGAGGAAAAAGAUGGAGGGGUUCUGUUCUAUGUUAACCGGACUGGGUUCCCUAUCGAGAGUGUCACCUGGGAGAGGAUGUGGUCCCAUGUGGCUGCUGUGCACCCUGAGGGCCAAGAAAUGGUGGAUAGGAUACGGAACGCUGCAUACCUGCCUAAGCAUCCUGUUCCCUCAGUCCCAACCUUCAAACCAUCCAUGUCGGUCCCAGACUGGCUGGUGGCCAUCCAGAACUACAUGAAGGCUCUGCAAUACAACCACACUGGGACUCAGUUCUUUGAAAUCAAGAAAAGCCGUCCGUUGUGUGGGUUAAUGGAGACGGCAAGAGAGAUGAUCAGGGAGUCUUUACCAAUCAAAUGCCUGGAAGCUGUCAUCUUGGGAAUCUACCUGACCAACGGGCUGACGUCUCUGGAGCGUUUCCCCAUCAGCUUUAAGACUCAGUUUUCAGGCCACUGCUUCCACCACGUUGUACUGGGUGUCUACUGUAACGGCCGCUACGGUUCUCUGGGCAUGAGCCGCCGCCAGGACUUAAUGGACAAACCACUAACGCACCGCACACUGGGAGAACUUGUGGCCGAGUUUGAAAGCUCCUACAAAAGAUACCAGCACACUCUGAAGAAGGUGAAGAUCGGCCUGUACGUGCCUCAUGACCCCCAUGUCUUCCAGCCAAUUGAGUGGAAGCAUUUGGUGCUGAAUGCUGCCCGACUGGGUGCUCAGGAGAUGAGGAAGGAGCUUGAGAAACAUGGCCGUGACAUGAGAAUGAAGAUUCUUAAAUCAUCCAGCGCCCAGUCACCAAUCAAGGAGCGUAGCCGAGGAAAGUCCUUAUCACCACGGCGACGUCAGAGCAGCCCUCAGCGACGCUUCACGCAUCGCAGAGACAAAUCGCCGGCCUCAGUGGAGAGGAAACCUCCAGAGCUCAGCACUCUCAACGAUGGCUACCAGAUCCGCAUCUGAUCCCAUCACCUAUCACAUUCUACUCACCCCAUGGCCAUCCUUCACCCUGAUGCAAAUUAUCUUCACCCUCCACAAGCAUUUUUUGGAGCAGAGCAGAGUCCCUUCAGCUGAGGUGAUGUGGUUGGACCUGAAUUUAAGGAGGUGAAAGGUAACAACAAAGAAAGACAGAAGUCAGUCACAGCUGGGGUUUGGACACAAAAUGACCGUUGGUCUGAUUUUCAUACUUCACAGUGAACGUUGUUUACCUGUUGGGUUGUAAGAAAAGCUUCAUCAUCACAGCCCUCAUUUAGACUCAUGUCACUCAUGCAUUUACUUUUACAUGUAGAUGAUUCAGCCCUACACAGGGACAAGUGGCCACAACCUACAACAAAAAUUUAGACUAAAGGAGAAUGAUCUGAUGGAGUGUGUUUUGUAACGAUGUAAUGUUUUAAGUACACAUGGCCUUUUCUAAAACCUUCAUGAAACAGCAGGGCAGUGCAAAUGAGAUGACUAAUUAGACCUCUAUAUUCAGAUUCUAUUGAUUCCAGUGGACGAGAUUAGAAUAAGGGAGAGCGUUCAAUAAAGAACGCUGGGAAACCACAUGUGCAGAGUCGACAGAAAGGAAAAGGGAGGAUAAAAGAGGAAGAACAUAACAGUAGGGAAGAAGUGAGAGAGUGAUACAGAGAGAGGAUUGACUGCAGAACAUCAGAAGGAUCAUUAAGGCACUGCAGCAAACCCCCCGUCUCCUCACUCUAACUUCUCCUCUGCCUUCUGUCGACACAAAUGAACCUGUUUCCAUCCAAACUUCCUGAACAUCACACAUGAACGCCUCAGAACGACAGGAGUUUAACUGGCGUUUAUGAAGCACUUAAUGAUAUUCUGCCCAUGAACAAAAGAACUUACCACAGAUUAUAAUGUACUUGUCUGCUCAAGGUCCACAUGGAAUACAUUUUUUAGUAUUUUUUUUCUGGAUGGAAACAUUAAUGGAAAUUCUGUUGAAGUAUUUCACAGUUCAGUCCUGUACUAUGAAGCAACUUCAGCCGAGCCCAGCUUCAGCUCUAGCUAUGAACAAGUUUAGAUGAGUCGGCAUGAGAUGACCACGUACAAACACAGACAGGACUAACCUAUAACUAGAAUCCUGAACAAAUCUGAGGAAUGGAAAAACAGAAUACAGUAUAAAAGUAACAGAUGCUGUAGCCAAGGCCAGGAAGGAACACACUGAAUACGUACGCUCUAGAGCGGUUUAAGUUACCAUGGGGAUUUUCCCGAUAAAACAGGAGCCUUCAUGAUGACACUGAAAACCCAGAGUUAAACCUGACGUUGUCCGUCUAACCCUGAAUCUUGCUUCGUAGUGCAGGACUCAGCUGGAGCCAUUUGUCUUCUCAGACAAAUGAGGAGUGAGAGCAGAUGCUGUUGGAUGAGUGAACACUCAGCAAAGAAGUUCAACAGUCGUUUAAAUGAUGAGGCCAUGUACCGCUCUGAAGGCUGCGGGUGGGUGUUAAAGUCAGUGGGACGGCAGAGUGGGGGGUCAUGUGAGGCCUCAAACAAGAUGUGUUGAUUAUCCAAUCUUUAAUACUGAGAUUCAUCAUGUUUUAGUCUGGAAAAGUAGUCAAAGAAACGGCAAAUCCACUCUGCUUUGAGUUUGAAAAACUAAAAUGUGCAAGUUGUGGUAAAAAAAAAAUCUUAGAAUAUUAAGUAAGUUCUCAGAGCAGUUUGAUGAAUUAUUUCACUCUGACGUUUCAGUACCAAGUGGCCUAUGGGAGUCCGUUCAGUACUGUAUGCACUGAUUCACACAAGUAUGUGUGAUGUAUUCUAAGGAUUGUCCAAAAAUCUCAUCAGAAUCUGGUAGUUUUUUUGGAUUCUCCUGUUGGGGCCUUUGAAAAAUCACAGCUAAGAAGCUUGAAAUCCAAUGUCACACAUAUCCAGUGCGAUAUCCACAGUUCACUUUGUUACAAGAGCUUAAAACAAACAGUGUCACAUAUCAAAGACAGAUUUCGAGCAAAAUCACACCACGAACAUCCAAAAUGAGAACAAACCGGUUGUGUUUUUAGUUUUGACUGUAAUAAACACAGUCUGUCUAUGUAUGUUUACAUGUACUGACAUAUUUUUACAUUUACAGAAUGUACUGUGUUUUAAACCCUCUGACUGAAAACGGUACCAGUCCUGUUACUGAGCAACUUUUGGUGAUAUUUAAGAUUCUACAUAUCAAAACCAUUUUUAUUCCAGUAUUUAAAGUAUUAAAGCUGAUAAUACCACUGUUCAAUUUUACUCAAAAAGGACUUGUAUCGUCUUCAUCUGAAGGUUUGAAUUGAUAAACUGACUUGUUUUUCACUUGGACAGUAAAGCUGUAUCAGGUAUUUUACAGAUUAUUUAAAGGAUGUGAUCCCUCAGAAAUAUGGACAUGAUAUACUUGAACGUCUGAGAGCUAAAAACAGUGCAUAAAGAGAAUUAGAUCGCAUUUUUUGUCGCAAUUUUCGCAACUAUUUGGUGCAUGUUGAGAAAUCCUGGUACAACUUUACAUGAAAACACAAGCAUCAGUUUAAUUUGUUUGUGGUUUCAUUUGAUUGUUUUAAAGCAUUUGUUGAAUGUUUCACUGAAGAGGUGUUGUGUUGCCAAUUGAGAAACAUUUUUUUUAACCUAGCUUCUUGGUUUAACAAUACGCUAUGCACAUGCUGUGUUAAAUAGGCUAGAAAAAAAAAACAACAAACCAACUCAAAUCCAGGUCUUCCACAGUUCAAGGAGGAAGAGGAGGGUGUUUGACUCAGUCUGCACAGAACAAAUCCACUUUUCAGAUACAGAUUCAGAAAACCUGGUUAUUUUAUGCCAUUUUCCGACUAAACCCACAGCCGUGCACAUCCAGCCUGAGCCACUGUCACUGAUUCACAGAGAACAAGCUGAAUAUGUGUACAUAUGAGACGACCAUAGCACAGCCCAGAGGCAGAUCUGAACCUGUGGCACAAACCAACGUGCAUCUACAGUCCACGUUUGUACCGAGGGUGAUGCCUCCACGCUUUGUAAAGACUUACAGAAGAAGCACAACGCUGCUUUAAUUUUUGAGUCCUUCAGAACGCGGCUAUGAACAAGUAAAACGACAGAACUGAUGUAUUUUCAUACAGAAGAAACAACAUAUCGAAGUACAUUUUCCAGAAGAAACAAACACUUGUUUUCUGACUGAUCUUGUAUUUUUGAAACUGUAAAAGGAGAAUUCAGAAACCACAGACCGACGAUUCUUUAACUUUUCUCGAUGCAAAAACAAUGUGAUAAACUUUGGAUUUUGAAUAUUUACAGUUGUGGGAUUUUUUGAUGGAUUAUCUGACCGGUAACGACACAAGUCAAACCAACAAGAAGAAAUUCAAUGUAGCAACUGAAGUCUGUUUUGUUGUUUGAUAAGAGGUUUGAGCUUGACAAUUUUAUUACCUGAAUGUUUUUCUCUUCUUUGUGGGCUUUUUUUUUUUUUUUACGUAAAAUUGUGUUGACUUUUCUAUUUUAUCAGAACAUUUGGGUUUGAUUCAUUGAUUGUACUCAUCAGUUUAAAGAAUAGAAUGCCUUGUGUUUGUCAGACGUGGGCUUUUUAAAGGCCGUUGGUUUGUUUCCAAAGUGCUGAUAUUGUUUCAGAUGUUUGUCCAUUUUCUGCUGUAAUUUUGAUAUAAAACAUUGAAUUUUCUGUUUUGUUUUUUUUUUAACCACGAUAAUUUUAUUUUCAUUACCACUCACUGUAUUCUGAAAAGUGCAGCCAAAUUUGAUAAUCAAACUGGAAUACCAAUCUGUAAAAUCCUACAAUAUCCUAUAGUAUUUUUGAAGUAUUAUAUAAAUCCUGUUUUUUUUAUACUGCAACAUCAUACUAUAGUAUUUUUCCUUCAAAAUAUCUGACCAAAUUCAGAGUAAAAUGUUAAGAAAAGUAAUAAAAUCCCUCAAUGUGAUGCUUUGAAGCCCUAGAAGUUGCAUCGAUCAUCAUCGUGUUACUGUCGUUCUCUUUCAAUGGUUUGUUUCUCUGCUCAGAUCUGUUUUUUUUUUUUUUAUUCUGUCCUGUUUUUUUUUAUUUUCCUGGUUCUGCAAAUAUUGUUACAAAUGAAAAACAAAGGAACAGUCCGCCUUCUAUGAAACCUCACAUCUGCUGUGGCCUAAGACGAACACAAAUUCACUGACGUGUUUGUGGCGUUCUGACGGAACUGAAGCCACUACGACUGAACUGAGCCAGCGUCUAAAUGUGAGCGGAGCCGUCCAAUUAGACGGAUGAACACUCUGACUUUAGGAUCUAUAAAUAUUGGUUUGUGAAGCUGGCUUUAAAAUGCUCCCAUAUCAUUAUUAUUAUUAUUAUUAUUGUUAUUAUUUCUAAGGGCGCUGUUGAGUCUGUCCAGGUUUCCAGUGUGAGGAUCUGAUGUGGUUUUGUAUUCCUGUGGAGAACAUGUGACCCCAGUACUUCUUCUCUUCUCCUACUGUUACAGUGUCGGUGGUCUGACAGCGACUGUAGCAGCGCGUGUUCUUUUAAUAAAUGAUCUAUGUUUUUAA